AUGCUAACCAUCGACAGCCUCCCCGUGGUGGUCCGGAGAGAAAUUCCCAAGUUCGUCCUUGAACACUCAUGGCGUGAUCUGUCCGCUCUAAGUCAAACAAGCAAGGAAUGGCAUGACAUCGCGGCUGCUGAAUUGUAUAAAAACCUGCGGAUUAAAUUUCGCAACCUUCCCAGCCUCCAGCAGGAUAUCUCCGAGCUUUGCCGUCUCUGGCAGAAGAAAGACUGGGCAAGCAAGUUCGUCACCUUCAGGCCCCCGGCAACUGAAGACAGCUUCCUGGUGGGCUCCUUGUCCGAGUUUCACGACUCCUAUUUCGGGUUCCUUACCGAAGCAGAAGCCUACUAUCAGGAAAAUGACUGGGAGCCCAUUAUUAGUCUUAUCUCGCGACUACAGCAUUUGCGGCUAUUCAACUAUAUUGUGACGAAUAUGUUUCCGACUUGCCUCUAUCAAGCACUGGAACGACUUCACCCAAACUGUCAGAUAGAUAUCUGGACGCCCCAGUCUCCAUCUCUGGAUCUACCUGGACUAGGACGCGCUCAUCGUUUCGUAUCACUGGGAUGUAACCAGCCGUUUGAUCUGAACAUCUUAUCUGCGCCAAGGCUCCAUACCUUUCACGCAGUCUACACGUUCGACAUCGAUCCGGAAAACCGACAGAGAUGGGUGCAUAUUGACGAGCCUUUCAAGUUUAUUUUCACAGCCCCACACCUCAAACAUCUAAUCAUUGACGCCAGGGAUGGGAGGGGUGAAAAUCCAUUUUUGAUUGUCAAAGACGAAUGGCAAAGGUUUACUUCCGAAUCCAGGCUUUCUCCACCGACAGUCUCUCUGGACUCGUUGACUUUCAUCCGCGCCCCGCAUGAACCGUACGAGCAUAUCCUUCUGAACAUUUCAACCAUGAUCGAUCUCUCUAAAUUUCGGUCCCUUGAUAUAGGUGUGCAUUCACAACCAGCGAUUUUGAGUCAAGUCGCGCCAACGUUGGUCGGAUUGGAACGUCUGUACAUUCACAUGCUUCCACGGAACAAGCAAUUCAAAGUUCAUUGGGAUAGUACGUCCGAGGAUGCGACUUGGGAUAUUGAAGAGAUGAUUUCAACCGUGCAAGCGUUCCGACCGCUGCGAUUCCUGUGCAUGCGAGGACUACUAAGCUUCUCUUCCCUGGACCGCAUCCUCUCCCACCACACCACCUUGGAGGGUCUGAGUCUGGAGGCAUCAUAUCGACAACGUGAGUCGCCGCCACCAGGAGAAGAGCACAAAUACCCCAUAAGCAACGGAGAUCAUCUCAGAUCCGUGGCAAAGUUGUGUCCACGACUGGCGGAGCUUCGUCUGCCCGUACAGCGCACCAAGGGCAACGCCCGCGAGUGUGACAUCUACCGGGCCCUUGGCCACGUGUCCCAGUUGCACACUGUAAUUCUGGAUCUCGACUGUGACCUCCGGCCCACACCGACUGGGGAGUUACCAGAGCCUGGUGAUCGCGAAGAACAACUUCCGAGUCCAGCCUACAUCCGGGAAACACUCAUCAAUGCAGCCAUUGACGAGGCGCUCGUCAAGAGCAUAUUCGAUCUCAUACUCUCGCAUUAGGCUACGCGGAAGCUCCAACGGUUACGCGUUGAUCUCGUGGGAUCAGAUUUCUUCAAGCGGGACCUGGAACACGUCAUUCGGCAGGUUGGUGGAACGUUCCUAGCCACGCGGACGGAUCUCAAUACAGUUGAGGUCGAGAAUAUUGGCAGUAUUCCAUGGCAAUUGUGGCGUGAGCACGAUAUCUUUGCAGAGGAAUCGAUCCGUGUUCCGGAAGUAAUCAGGAAUAUUCUGGAGGAGUUGUGGCCGCGUAAUACAGACAGGAAUCGAAGUGGGAAUUGGAGGAAGAUGCCUUUGCUUGAGAGCUUUCCGUUGGAAGAUGGUGUUGCGGG